AUGCCAACCCGAAAACUCAUUGAGAAGGAUUGGUUGCACUUUGGUCAUAAGUUCACUGAUCGGUGUGGCCUGCUUAGCAGUGGCGAUUCCCGAGAGUGUGCUCCCGUAUUCACUCAGUUCCUGGACUGUCUGCGACAUCUACUGGAACUGCUGCCCGCCGAAUUUGAGUUCACUCAACGCCUCCUGCUCGAACUGCACGAUCAAAGCCGCUCAGCCCUGUAUGGGACAUUUGUUGGCUGCUGCGAGAAGGAUCGUGUUGAUCUUAAGUAUGUCUACCUCUGCGCCUAA